AUGCUUUCGAGCUCUGCUGGCCCCAUAGCGAACGUUGGUCCCAUACAACACGUUGCCGUGAGGCAGAAGGCUUUCAAACUGCCCUCUCGGCCCCCAGAGGUUGCCAUCUUUCAUGCCCUCCACUGCCUUCUCAACAAGGCGGACAAUGAGUUGGCUCAGAUCUCUAAUAUGGAUGGAGCUCCAACGGCUCUCGCCAGGCCCAACUUGGAACGCUCGACGACGCUUCAACGUUUCUCUGGCAAGGUCGGGAAGCUGGACGCUCCUCUGAUUAACCGGGCCACGACCAGGCCCAUAGAUCAUGGGAGGUAUGACGACAGCAGUCUUAAUGUGAGGAGCAGUUGUAGCCACGUCCAGCAUAUAGUUAUCGACCUUGCGAUAAGGAUACUUCUUGAUGAAAGUUUUCAAAGCCUCAAUAUCCAGAAGAUCAUCCCAGAUAACAUCGCUACCUGUGCCAGAGACUCGAGUCUUAUCCGUCACCUCCGCCGCGGCCACAACACUUCCUCCGGAUAUUUGUAUCCAGUACGGGGAGCUGGGAUCUUUGGAUUUGGCAGAGAGACCCCGAUGGAUCGCUUCUACGCUUUGGAGGUGUCCUGA